AGUGGAGAAGGAGCCGGGAUUACAACUACAGUAAUCUGAGAACCGCAACUGCACUCCACAGCCACAGAUGAACACAUUAACUCCAACAAAACAUCAGGGGUCAGGGAAACAGAAAUGGCGUACCUUUGAACGGGAUAUCGCUUUACAACUACAGAAGUCAAGAAAAUAAUUACAAACUCCAGGGAAUAAGAAGCUAAAAUAUCUGUUGGAUCGCAAUCAACAGCGGGCUAAAACAAGAAGCUCCGCCUAUCGGCCUGUGCCACCUGUGUGCCCUUCUAACUGCCAGUUUUUGGAGUAAUCUGUGGUGUCUUUUACUGGAAUAGAGGACUACAUUUGAAGAAUGUGUUGGAAACAAGUUAACAAGAUAAGACACGGACAGAUUUGGACCUGUCCAAUGAGAGUUGAGACACAUGUGUCCACCUAACCAGUGACCAUCCUGGACAAGCAGCUCUAUGCGCGUCUGCACCAGGACACUUGUGGACAGCCGUCUCCUGCCUCUCAUUUCUCCUCUGGCAUCCGCUCUUCCUCCAUCUCUCCACGCCACCUCCUCUUUUCCACCCCCGCUCCCUCCAUCCGUCCCACCCUCCCCUCACGAAAGAUGAUGUGACCUUCUGCCAAACUGCUAGAGACCAUGCCACUGUCACAGUGGGCUGUUCUGUCUACACUGAAAUAGAAUCAAACAAGAGCCACGAGAGAGAGAAAGAAGGAGGGGGGGACGGGGGAAAAAAAGAAGAAGAAAAAAAUCAGGACGAGUCACGAAGGAGAAAAUGUGCUGUCGGGUGUCCGGGCUGGAUGUGGUUUGCCAAAGCAGGCAGUAGGCGACUGAGAUGGGCCUUCAUCUAGGCUGUCUCAGCGACACACUGUGGCUGCCGUUGCUGCUGCUGCUGUCUGUCUGCUCCGCCCCCCGCUGCCAGUGCCGACCGUUCGGGAUGGUUGAGCCCACCGUGAACGUGGCAGUGGUGUUCAGCGGCUCCGCCUACCAGAUGGAGAUCAAGGGGCGACUGAGCCGGGAGAACUUCCUGGACCUGCCGCUGGAGGUGAACCCCAUCACUGUGCUGGUGAACAACACCAACCCGCGCACUCUACUGAUGCGCAUCUGCGACACGCUGGCUGCUAACAGGGUGCACGGGGUGGUCUUUGAAGAUAACAUUGGGUCUGAGGCCGUGGCGCAGAUCCUAGACUUCAUCUCCACGCAGACGGCCGUGCCCAUAGUGGGCAUCAGCGGGGGAUCUGCCGUCGUCCUGCCUCACAAGGGUGACGGUUCUACCUUCCUUCAGCUGGGCUCUUCCAUCGAGCAGCAGAUCAAUGGGAUGUUCAAGAUGAUGGAGGAGUACAACUGGGACAGUUUUGUUUUGGUGACCAGCCUGUACCCGGGCUAUGACACCUAUGUGGACUACAUCCGCUCCUUUAUCGAUACAUCUUACUUCCUCUGGGAGUUGCAGGAAAUCUUGACGUUUGACAUGUCGGCCGAUGGCAUGAACGACCUCCGUGCCCGCCGGUUACUUCAGCAGAUCGACGCGCAGGUGCUGCUGGUGUACUGCUCACACGAUGAGGCCCAGUACCUCUUCACCAUGGCCAGGGAAGUGGGUUUGGCUGGUCCGGGGUAUAUCUGGUUUAUCCCCAGCCUUGCAGUGGGAAACCCCAAUAUGCCUCCUCCAGACAGCUUCCCUGUUGGAUUGAUCAGCGUUAUCACAGAUCGCUGGAAGAUGAGCUUGAGAAACAGGGUCAGGGAUGGUGUAGCCAUCGUCGCGAAAGGAGUGGAGGGCUUCCGCAAACAGAGAGG